CUUGCCUUCCUACUCCUUUGAUCCAUAUAUGCCUGCUGGUCAUCAUGUUGUCUCCACCCCUCGCAUUGGGGGGAAACUUACGGUAGUCCUUUUUAUCGUUACUCUAUUUUCUUUUGUAGUAGAGAGCGAGUUCACACAAUAUGUCCAGACAGACCUUGGAUACAGACAACCUUUCCUAAUCUUCUACGUCGUUCAUUCGUCGUUCGCUCUCAUAUUCCCACUCCAUCUCUUAUAUCUAAGGGUUACCACUAAUCAUUCGACAAAGUCUCUCCUAAACGGCCUAUCAGCAGCCGUUAGCAACCAUCUUUCUCCUCCUCCGUGCCAUCCAAGCGCGGCGGGCUUCCCUCGGUUCCGUUUCGUUUCCCUCAUACUCGCGUUAACUAUCGGAAUGACGUUUCCGGGUCUCCUUUGGUUUGCUGCUAUCACUCUGGCUUCGGUCAGUGACGUGACGGCUAUUUGGAACACGAACGCGUUCUUCGCGUACAUAAUUUCUGUCCGUGUCUUUCACCUUAAAUGGGAGUCACGCCGGCUCCUGGCUGUUGUGCUGGCAACGCUAGGUGUUCUAGUCGUCGUCUACGGAGGUAGCACGUCCACUCCUGAAGAAACAGGCUCAGAGAUAAUACGGGAUUUCGAACGUCCGACGGCGCCUCUGAUCGGCGACUUGCUAACUUUAAUGGCAUCGCUUAUUUAUGCGUUGUAUCAGGUUAUGUACAAAAAGUACGCUGCUUUACCCUCCGAUCCGGAGUUGAUUUCCGAGAGGAGAUAUGAACCACUUCCGGAGGCGGAUGAUAUGGACAUUGAGAAUUCCAGCGAUACGGAUACCAAGGAUCCCGACGCUGCUUAUCCACCCCCGUUUGGAUUCCAUCCCAACUUCCUAACAUCGGCCAUUGGAGUCUGCACAUUUCUAUUUCUAUGGGUACCUAUACCCAUCCUGGACCACUUUCAAAUUGAACCCUUUACUUUUCCAGGCAGCUGGCGGACGAUUGUGGCUAUAAUGACAAUUGCUAUCAGUGGCGUCAUGUUUAACGCAGGCUUUAUGAUUCUUCUAGGCGUAUGGGGCCCAAUCAUGACAUCAGUCGGAGGUCUCUUGACGAUAGCCCUUGUUUUCAUUUCGGAUGUCAUGUUCGGCGCCGGGACGAGAGCUGUUACAAUGGGUAGCAUUGCAGGAUCAACAAUAAUAGUUGCGGCCUUCGGGAUAUUGGCCUAUGAUAUAGCUAAACACUAAUUCAGAGUAGCCCCUUGUAAUAUAGAAAGUAUGUGUUACAAUCUUAGUCCCAGUCCUAGUAGAGAAAUUCAAGUUGUUCUUUUAUUGAAUAAAUAUGUGACCAUACAUGAGUAUAGGGAGAAUUAUAACACAAACGCCGACAGGCAGAUGAGAAAGACAGCAAUAGAGAACGGAAUGCCAAAUC